GUUUACUUCCGCCCUGACUGACGCAACAUCCGGUUGUGCAGCAGCCAUUUUGUCUGUUCGGGCAUUUCUACUCCGACGUUUGGGAAACUGCCGUUCCACCUUGAUAGUCACUCCCGAAAAUAGUUACAAUGUCGCAGUUUAAAGUUUUAUAGCAGCAAAACGUCGGUUAAAAUUGUAUUUCAAUCAUUCCGCGUCCGGAGAGGCCAAAAGUUAUCCCCGUCCUCUCGGAAAGAUGUCGUGCGAGGAGAGCUACUUGGCCAUCCUUCGCUAUCUGACGGAUGAAGGAGAGCCGUACGCCCCCGGCACUCCGGGCAACACCAAGAGGAAGAUCCGCAAGGCGGCGGCCUGCUACGUGGUGCGGGACGGCGUCUUGUUCUACCAGCGCCGCCGGAAGGGCCAGGACGCCUUCAGCGAGCUGGAGGUGGUGCUGCAGGACCCCCGCAGGAAGGAAGUCAUCAGCCGGGCACACGUCCUGGAAGGCGGGGAGCACCUCAACCAGCAGCUCACCUGGGAGACCAUCUCGCAGAAGUACUGGUGGAGAGGUAUCCAGAAGCAGUUGAAGGACCACAUACGAGAGUGUGAGCACUGCGCACGUCGGCGGGCCACAGAUGAAGGGUCAGGGCGAGGGAUGUCCAUCUUCGGCCGUCUGACCAAACGCAAGGUGGCCGACGACGAGGAUCUCGAGGAGGAGGAAGAGCUUGACGAUGGCCUGUUUUUCAUGGACAGAUCCAAGGUGUCGGAAAAUGAGGAACUGGUUUAUGUGAACAGCACAGGUGAGGUGAACCAGUUCCUGUCCCAACACGGACAAACCAUGUUGGACAAGCUCAACCAGCAGCGCCUCAGCAAUAAAUUCUGUGACAUCACGCUGCUGAUCGAGGGCGAGGAAUACCGGGCGCACAAAGCCGUGAUGGCGGCGUGCAGCGAGUACUUCAACGAGCUCUUCUUCGAGAAGGGCGCCGCCACCACGCACGAAGCCGUGGUCGACCUCGCCGGUUUCACCAAAGACAGCUUCCUGCCGCUGCUGGACUUCGCCUACACGUCCACGCUCACGUUUAACUUCAGCAUCAUGGCGGAGAUCGCCAACCUGGCACGCCACCUGUUGAUGUCGGAGGUGCUGCAGAUCUGCGAGUCGGUGCACAAGCAGGUGGAGGCGCGGCAGCUGAUGCUGUACCAGCGAAGGGACGUCCACACGGUGGUGCCCGACAAUGUGGUGCCCGACAAUGUGGCGUCCCAUCAGGACGCGGCGGACGUAGGCGGCGCGUACACGGUCACCAUUCAGAGUGACGGCAGCGCAGUCGUGACCCACACGGGACUGGCAGGGGCAGGCGAGCCUUUUACCAUCAUGGCGCCUGGCGGUACCGAGCAGCAGGUGGCCGUCGCUGCUCAGGCAGUGGAGGGCACCACGGUGCUACAUGGCGAGGACGGCCAGACGCUGACGCUAAUAGCGCACGACGGUCAAGCGGCGCUCAUCUCCCACGGCGGCGAGGGCGAGGAGGGGGAAACCAUGACGGUGGUCACCCACAGCGGACAAGCGGGUGUCGGCAAAUCCUUCUGCCUGGCCAUCGAGCAGCCCCAGGGGGCAGAGGCGGAGACCUUUGUCCUAGACGUGGAGGCGGACCCGGCCGAGCCCUCGGAGGUCACCCCGCCCGAGGCGCACAUCCCGGCGGUAGCCGAGGGUACGGCCACCGAGACGUCGGCGCCGGACCAGCUCGAUCCUCCGCCCCAGAAACGUAAACGUGGGCGGCCGGCCAAAGUGAAGAAGGAGGUGGAGGUGUUGGCGCCCCCGCUGGAGCAGGAGCAGGAGGAGGGGGAGGGGGAGGGGGAGUGGGGGCUCUCCACCGAUGAAGACAAGCAGGUGGACAUGUCCGACCCCAGCAAACGACGACUGCGUCAACGCUCGAUGGCGGAGGGAGGCUACGCGCGGCUGCACAUGGGCCUGGAGGGCGAGGAGGAGGGGAAGAGAGUCGCAACCCCCCCACACACCACCACCCCAAAGGUGGUCCCGAGGCCCGGAAAGAGGGGGCGCCCUCCCAAGCUGCCAGUGGAGAACUCUGCAGCAGAAGAGAAGGAGUCCGCGGCAGAAAAUGAGGUCGCCGUGAACGUUUCGUCCGAACACGUGGACCGUGACGAGGCCACCGCCAAGUCGGCGGACGCUGAGGUGGCAACAGAGGGGGGAGACAAAGCGGCAGCAGACGGCGCCACGGAGGGAGACUACACGUGCAUGGAGUGCGGCAUGUCCUUCCCGCGCCGCUACGCCCUCAUCAUGCACGCCAUGAAGCACGACAAGGCGCGAGGAUACAAGUGCAGUCUGUGCAACAAAGAGUUCCAGUACGUGGCCUCGCUGCGCGCCCACCUGACCCGCCACAAGCAGAGGAGCAGCCAGCGAGCGCCCGCCGCCUCCAAAGUGUCGGACGAGGAGCGCGGCAACAAGGCGACGGCGCCGCCGCAGACCACGCGCAAGUAUGUGUGCGACCUCUGCGGCAAGACGCUGCCCCGCCUCUACUCGCUCAGCGUGCAUAUGCUGCAGCACACGGGCGUGCGGCCGCACUCCUGCAAGGUGUGCGGCAAGACCUUCGCCCACAAGUACAACCUGAAGAUGCACCGUGUUCUGCAUGACGUCACCAAGCAGUUCCAGUGUCAGUACUGCGACAAGUCCUUCGUCAGCAAGCGCAACAUGGAGGAGCACACCAGCCUGCACACAGGUGAGUCCAAGUACCUCUGCAACAAGUGCGGAGCCACCUUCUAUCGAGCCUCGGCGCUGAGCAAACACCUAAAGAAGCACAAACCUAAACCGGACGUGCGGGCGUUCGCUUGUUCCCGCUGCGACAAGCGCUUCUUCGAGGCCAAAGACCUGCAGCAGCACAUGAACAAGCACUUGGUCCUCAAGCCCUUCCAGUGCGAGGUGUGUGGGAAGUGCUACAGCUGGAAGAAGGACUGGUACUCGCACGUCAAGUCGCACAGCGUGGUGGAGCCGUACAAGUGUAACGUGUGCGGGAAGGAGUUCCUGGAGAAAGCGCUCUUCAGGAGGCACGUGAAAAAGGCCACGCAUGGCAAGAAAGGCCGCGUCAAACAGAACCUGGAGCGCCACUGCGAGCAUUGUGGCAGGAAGUUUGUCCAGCUCAGGGAGUACCGGCGCCACAUGAACACUCAUCAAGGAAUAAAGCCCUUCGAGUGCGUGACGUGCGGCGUGGCGUGGGCCGACGCCCGCUCCCUCAAGCGCCAUGUGCGCACGCACACGGGCGAGCGUCCGUACGUGUGCCCCGUCUGCCAGGAGGGCCACAUCGACGCCCGCACGCUGCGCCGCCACAUGACCAAGCACCACGUGGACAGCCUGCCGGGCAAGAUCAUGCUGGAGAAGGACACGCUGCAGUUCCACAACCAGGGCACGCAGGUGGAGCACGCCGUCAGCAUCCUGCCCGCCGACCUGCCGCCCGAGCUGCGCCUGGCCCAACCGCCGCCCUCCGAGGAGAUCGAGACGGUGCUCAUCACCGAGGAGACGGUGGAGGCCAUGGACGCCGUGGAGGCGGUGCAGGUGGCCGACGGCGCCGUGCUGUCGGACCAGGGCAUCAUGCAGGUGGUCAACUACGUCCUGGCGCAGCACGCCAUCACCGGCAUCAAGGUGGAGGAGGCGCCCGAGGCCGUCCAGACCAUGGAAGUGGAGUGAACUUUUUCUUACCUUUGUACAUAUUCUUAUUGUUAUUAAUAUCAUGUCGGCCCACAAGAACACUCAGGUGAAACCUUUGUAGAAACGAACUCAUUAAACCGACCCUGACGCAUCUUC